AUGGCGUCUCUGGAACUGGAAGAGUUUGUGUUUAGUGAAUCCAUGACAGCGCCGAGUAUUAAAGACGAAGAUGAGGAAGAUCUUUUCGGCGACGAUUCCGUCAUGGAGGGUGUCGCUGCCAUCAUUGAAGGUACCGGUACUGACGAACCCACUCCUCUGCCGGAUGAAGAGGAAGUGGAGGACUUGUUGAGUGCCAAACUCAUGAAUGGCUUUAUGCUACUGGAAAUACCUUGUCCUAGAUGUUUGAUCCCUCUUGUCAAAAAGCCCGUGGAUGGUACUGAUCACGGCCACCACACCGGUAGUGCGGACCGCAAACCCAAACUUGUUACUCCCGCCAGCAUUGCGGCAAUUCCAAAACCCAUCAAGGGGAUUCCCUUUUGUGUCAUUUGCGAAAACUACGUCGUAACGACACAAGAGGAAAUCCAAUGGCUGACGCAACUCAAAUACUUGGGAGAAAUGCAAGAUCAACAGCAACAUGGGUCGUCCGAAGAAGAAAUGGUCACCAUUGAUACACGCACACUCAUGGAGUUGACCGCCAAAUUGGAGGGCAGCAGUACUAGCAAAGCCAGUGCCAGCAUUCGGACACCGUCCAUUCUCAACAGUACGCACGAAGAACUCUCUACUGCCGCUCCAGAGCAACAGGAUUGGCUCUCGCGACAAAGCAGCAGCGCAACCAAUAAUACGCCAAGCAAUAGCAGCAUGUCUUCCAUGAUCCUGUUCAAACAAUCAUUUUCCAAGUUUCACAAGAGCCCCAAGAGCAGACGGAAUCGACGCAGCAUGGAUUCUUCUUCGGUGGUCUCCAAUAAUAGCGGCAGUAGCUACUGCACGUUGCGUGGAAAACGUCUCAUGGGGAUUGCGGCCUCGCAGGACGAUGAAGGAGUUGAAAUAAGAAUGGAAGGAUCGUCCGUGGCCGUAUCUUUGGAAGAUUCAUUGGCCACGGACAACAAGUCGGCCGCUUCGCAACAACAACGAGAAGCACGGGACGAGGAUAUGGAAGCCAUCGGUGCCUUGUGGAAAUUUGUCAGUAGCGAUAACGAUGAUGCCGACGAACGAGAAUUGGUCCUUCCCGAACAUGAUUACGGUGAUGAUGAAGGAGAAGAGCCACCCAAUUUGGAUCUGCUGCAACACGAAUCAUCGGAAGGCUCCGAUCGCAGCAUGGUCCCACCGCCUGAUCCUCUAAAGAAAACCACUCGACCACCUCUACUGCCACCCACCGCUACACGACAGACGGAUUCCAUGACCACCGCGGAAGAGACCGACCUGGAUGAUACCGUGGUAGGAAACACGCAAGAAGGAGAAGACGAAGGCGUUCCCAACGAAGACUCCAUGGGAUCGUUCGACAACGUUGGUAACAACAACAUGGUGAUUGUGUCCGAUAGUAUUCAUUACAUUGACACUGACCAAGAAGACGACGGACAACAGCAACAGCAGCAACAACGACAAGUGAAGCGAUGGAAGAAGUAG